UGGUAGAGGUUGUGAGAGGUACAAGGGUCCGGGAGUUGGCCCAGGACUAGCCCAGGACCUAGAUCAGGAAGCGCUUCCGGGGAGGACCUGGGGGCAGAGGAGCGCGUGGGUGUGUCUGGUAUGGGAUGCCAAGGAAAAGAGAGGAAUCUCCUGAGUAGAUCUGUGGGUGGUUCUUUUGAGCAAACCUCGUCUUUGCUCUUUGAUUUGCCGAAGAGGAAGUCCCCAUGGUUUCUGUUAAAAUUGUGGCAACUUUUUUGUGGGCUUAAUUGCCUGCAUAGAACUGCCCAGGACCUUUUCUGAUAAGGGGCACAAACGUGGGGAAUAUGUCAGAAAACAGGAAACCGCUGCUGCGUUUCGUGGGCAAACUCCCCAGCGGAACUGCCGUUGGAAACUCAGGCAAGACUCACUGCCCUUUGUGCAUGGGACUUUUCAAAGCCCCCAGGCUCUUGCCUUGCUUACACACAGUUUGCACCACGUGUCUAGAGCAGCUGGAACCCUUCUCAGUAAUGGACUUUCGAGGGGGAGACUCUGACACAAGCUCUGAGGGGUCAGUAUUUCAGGAACUCAAGCCACCCAGUAUGCAGCCGCAGAUCGGCAUCCUCUGUCCGGUAUGUGAUGCUCAGGUGGAUCUGCCCGUGGGUGGCGUGAAGGCUUUAACCACAGAUUACCUGGCCAUGAACGAUGUGAUGCUGGAGAGUCUUCGUGGGGAAGGCCAGGGCCUGGUGUGUGACCUGUGCAGCGACAGGGAAGUGGAGAAGAGGUGUCAGACCUGCAAAGCCAACCUCUGCCACUUCUGUUGCCAGGCUCAUAGGCGGCAGAAGAAAACGACUUACCAUACCGUGGUGGACCUAAAAGACUUGAAAGGCUAUAGCCAGAUAGGGAAACCCAUUCUGUGUCCCACUCACCCUGCAGAAGAGCUGAGACUGUUCUGUGAGCUCUGCGACCGGCCCGUGUGCCGGGAUUGCGUGGUGGGCGAGCACCGCGAGCAUCCCUGUGACUUCACCAGCAAUGUCAUCCACAAGCAUGGUGACUCGGUGCGGGAGCUCCUCAGAGGCACCCAGCUCCACGUGGAGGCCCUGGAGGAAGCCCUGGUACAGAUCAAAGGGGCAAACAGUGCCCUCCAGGAGCGAGUGGAGGCUGUGGCAGCUGAUGUGCGAACAUUCUCCGAGGGCUACAUCAAGGCCAUUGAGGAGCACCGGGACAAGCUGCUGAAGCAGCUGGAAGACAUACGGAUCCAGAAGGAAAACUCCCUGCAGCUGCAGAAGGCCCAGCUGGAGCAGCUGCUGGCAGACAUGCGCACUGGAGUGGAGUUCACCGAGCACCUGCUGACCAGUGGCUCGGACUUGGAGAUCCUCCUCACCAAGGGGGUUGUAGUGGAACGGCUUACAAAGCUGAACAAGGUUGAAUACAGUGCCCAUCCUGGAGUAAAUGAUAAGAUACGCUUUUUCCCUCAGGAGAAAGCAGGCCGAUGCCAUGGUUAUGAAGUUUAUGGGACCAUCAAUACCAAAGAGGUCGAUCCUGCCAAAUGUGUCCUUCAAGGAGAAGAUCUCCACAGAGCCCGGGAGAAACAGACAGCCUCUUUCACCCUGCUUUGUAAGGAUACAGCAGGAGAGAGCAUGGGCAGAGGAGGAGACAACAUUCAAGUUGCAGUAGUCCCUAAAGAUAAGAAAGACAGUCCAGUCAGAACAAUGGUGCAAGAUAACAAGGACGGGACAUACUACAUUUCCUACACCCCCAGGGAACCUGGCGUCUAUACUGUGCUGGUCUGUGUCAAAGAGCAGCACGUGCAGGGCUCACCAUUCACUGUGACCGUGAGGAAAAGGCACCGCCCACACCCGGGGGUGUUUCACUGCUGCACUUUCUGCUCCACUGGAGGCCAGAAAACUGCCCGCUGUGCCUGUGGAGGCACCAUGCCAGGUGGGUACUUAGGCUGUGGCCAUGGACACAAAGGCCACCCAGGUCGUCCCCACUGGUCAUGCUGUGGGAAGUUUACUGAGAAGUCGGAAUGCACCUGGACAGGUGGGCAGAGCACACCAAGGAGCCUACUCAGGACUGUGGCGCUCUGAUGGCCUCCUGGAAAGAUUCGCUUCAGCCUCUCUCUGAUCAAAAUCUGGUCUUCCCAGAAGGCACUGAUGGCCCUGUAACCCUCUCAAAUUAUUAGCUAUCUGCUCUUCCUCACCUCUUAUAAUUAAGGGCCCAGAGGUCAGGUAGGUGUCCUGUUAGCACAUCACUCCUGCUUUAAGAUCUGUGGUUCUCAAAAAUGAGACUUUGCAGCCCAAGGGACACUUAGUAAAGUCUUGAAGACAUUUUUCCUUGCCACUGCUGGGAGCAGACUGCUACAACCAUCUAUUGGGUAGAAGUCAGGAGAGCUACUCAAUUCAGAACAGCUUUCCACACAGAAUUAUUCAAUCCAAAAUGUUAAUAACACCACUGAUGAGAAAAAUCCUGUUCUAGACCAUUACCCCUCCUCCUUUUCUAAAAAUGGCCAGCCUUAAAGCUCAUGCCUUUAAACAAGUUACUACCCUUCCAUGGUUCAGCCAUCUACAGAGCUCCAUGUCAUUCCCACUCAUUCCUUGAAGAUUUUCACCAAGUUUGCUGUUAUUCUAGUAGUACUCCUCAAUCUUAGAGUAAUUCAAUAUCCACAGACUUAAUUCCAUGACCAAUUCUCUAAUAUUCUUCUUUCCCUUCCCUUAGCCAUAGAGCCAGUCAUACAUUAGACCUUGAUUCCAAUUGCACCCUUUUCAUAAUCUCAAUUUCAAGAAUCCUCCAACCAAAUCCUUCCCUUUUUCCAGCUCACCCACUAUAGUAACCUACUGAUUCUCCUACCUCCCUGAAACCCACAAUACAGUGACUCUACCACAUUCUCAUUAUUCCUCUCACUUCCUGACCCAUGUCCUUUCCUUGGACCUUAAUCAGCUUGGAUUCUAGAGACCAUAAUUAUAAUCACUCCUUUUGCAUGACAGAGGGAGCUCU